AUUUACAUUCAUACAAAAAUAUACACUAUCCCACUUAUAAUAAAAUUGUCACUAAUCUCAACGACCGCAUACGCAUAAUCUUUCAAGAUAGUAAAUUGAAGCUUUCAGUAUUCGGCGAUCGUUCGCAGUAAGAAGAGCUCACAUAUCAAACAAAUAAAAAAAAAAAUCGGUUAAAUUUUUUUUCAAAAUGAAGAGUCAACCAAUUAUUGACAAAAUCGUCGAAAAACUACAAACAAUCGACGCAUCAAAUAGAACAACUUUUCUGAUUUUCCAAUUUAAUUUCAAUGCGAGUGAUGGAAGUCUUUUGAAAAGUUUUGUUCUUGAUCUGAAAGAUCUUAAAAUGUACGAAGGAACUGCUGCCACUCCUGACAGUGAAAUAACUAUUGGAGAUGAAGAAUUCUUUAUGUGGGCAACACAGCAAAUAACCUAUGAUGAACUUAAAGCUAACGAUAAAGUUCAGAUUAAUGGAAAUUUAGAAGCUGUGAUGAAGUUGAUGGAUAAAUUCCAUAAGUAGAUAUUCUUAAAAUUUUGUGUUUUCUAUUUUUAUAAUUUAUAUUUUGAGCAAGCCAAUAAAAUUUGCAUGCGUUUUAAUUUAAAAAAAGAUCGAA